UUAGGAUUUUGGAAUCUGUAUCCUCAAUUAAGGACAAGCAGCAUGCAGCAAAGUGAUAUUAUUAUGAUAUAAUCAUAUAAUGAAUAAUGUAGGAUAUAAGCUAUGACAUGAGCAAUGUAAGGAUGCAAGUGUAAGGGUAAGGAAAAGUGCGAACCAGAACAAAACACUGCGAACUGAAAGACCAUAAGAAAUGAAGACUGAAAAUCCCUAUUUCAUCCUCUAUCUACUAUCUAGUGAUCUAGUCAGCAUCAAUUUCACUUCACUGGAAGGCAAAUAAACUAGCAUGGGAAAAAACAUACAAGUACACCAUGGAUAAAUAUAUAAUUAGAAAACAAAGGGGAAAUACGAUUGUCCCCUCAAAACCUUCAGCAGACUCCCAGGACGACACAAUAGAAAUUCUACACGGCGAAUCCAGCGUCGACGUCGACACACACUCAAAUAACCAGAGGGAUAUAAAUGUGAAUAGUGCAUACCAUUUAUUGACGACAAAUACAAAUGAAGGUGAAGAUGACAACACCCUCAUCUGGGAGGUGAAUGGAAUAAAAAUUCCUGUACAAAUUGUACGCAAUGAUGCAGCAAAUAGAGGCAAAGCAAGUGAUGCUCUAUCUUAUGAAGAAAGCACUGAACAGACCUUUGAUCUCCCUGAAGAAUCGUCUAUCAGCGGACAAAUGGGCGAUAGAGUGGAUGAUGUAGAUUGUCAAGCCGACUUCAGCCGACUUGAGUCAGAUGUGUAUAAUUCGGGAAUUGAAUCGGAUACUGAGAAAGAAACAAGAGAUAACUCUCCCCCUGCCCAUGAGGUUGAGUCCGAAAGUGGUGGAGAAAUGAUUAACCACAAGGGAUCCACAAAAAGGAGGAAACCGAGACAGAGGAAAUCAAAGAAAAGAAAACCAUCAGGGGGAUACUACUCCAGUUUUCAAGAGGAAUGGCUGCGUGACCCUCGCUUUUCCCACUGGCUUAAGAAAAUUGAUGAUGAAACCUUCUUAUGUGUUUGCUGUAGUGUAAGGAAGAGUGUGCGCCAUGAUGGUCUUAAGGCCCUUACAGAACACGAAGCGUCUAAGGCACACCAAGUUCACCUUUCCAAAGCCAGUACGCAAUCAAAAAUUGAUUCUUACGCUGUGAAGGAGCUCUCUAAACCAGACGUUGAAAUCGCUGUCGCGGAAGCAACUCUUUGCUUCCAUGCCAUCAAGCACCACCAUAGCUACGCAUCAGUUGACUGCGAAAGCAAGUUGCUGCCUAAAAUUUUCAAAGAUUCUAAAACAGCAGCCAAGACGACCUGUGGAAGGACUAAAGCAGCAGCAGUCGUGCGGGGUGCACUUGCCCCAUAUUCGCUAUCCAUGGUCAAGAUGGAUCUGGUGUUGUCCCAAGACUCCAAUUACAACCGGCAACCCCGCUAUUUUACAAUCAUGUCUGAUGGGUCAACCAGAUUCAAUAAGUCGAUUUACCCAUACGUUGUCAGGUACUUCAAAGAAGGAGAAGGCCUGAAAGAGAAAGUGAUCUCCGUAGUCUGUAGUUCAGACGGAACAGCUCAAAAGCUACAUUCUGACCUCAAGCAAAGCCUUGCUCAGAUGGGGUUACAAGUAGAGCAUGUAGCAGCGUUUGCUGGGGAUAGCUGCAGCGUCAAUUUUGGCACACAAAAUUCCGUGUAUGCCAAACUUAAAAUGGAAAAUCCAAAGAUUUUGCCUCUGAAGUGCCCUGCACACCUGUUGCACAAUGCUGCCAAAAACGCUAUGGUCAGAUACAAGCCAGACUGCGAAGCUAUUCUUUUAAAAAUAUGUGGGCACCUAAACCAAUCGUCGAAGAGAGAAGCGGCGCUGAUGGAGGUAUUCGAAUACUGUGAUGUGGAGUACCAGCAGAUCACGAAGCACACCAACGUUCGCUGGCUGUCUCUCGCCGAAGGUUUGCAUAAAAUCCAAAAAUUCUGGAAGCCAUUGAAGGCGUACUUCUUGGGUUUGGGUGAAACUAAAUGCCCUCAAAUGAUUUGGGAGUUCCUACAUGAUCAAGAGCAUGAACUCACAGACGAGAACAAUCCGACCCUAAAUGAAAUGCACCUUCAAUUUUGGUCAACUUUGAGCUCGGUGUUUGCUACUUCCAUCAAGUGUCUAGAGAGAACCGAAGCUACUAUCAUGGAUGUUGAGGAGUGCGUAUCAGAGCUUGUAAGCAAUCUGAAGGAAAGGGUUGAGAGCAACUACUUUGGAAGUACAAUUGACAAAGGACUAGUAGCGCUUACCAGCUAUGAAAAGAAGUGCUUUCUGGAUCAGUGUCGGCGCUCGGUGGAAGAUGCCAUCAACUACAUUGAAAAGAGGUAUGCUCUAGGGGGUUUGUACGCUCAAUGCCAAGCCCUGAACGUCAAGAAGACGGACAAGCUCGUAUUUAGGGAAAUUGCGGAUCUCUGUCAGUUACUCAGAAUUACAGUUGACUGCGAUCUCCUCUUUUCUGAUGUUGUGGUAGCUAACAAACUUUUGAGGAAUAUGCAGCAGACCGAUCUAAUGUCUCAAACUCUACCCAAGAUUUGGGCUUUGUUGUUCAACCAACAAAACGAGCGCCCGAUGUGUACGCUAUUUAAAUUAGUAUCAUUUGUGAUGUCUAUCCCAUCAUCAAAUGCAUUUGUUGAAAGAAUUUUCUCGGUUCUUAAGGCUGCAUGGACCCCUGAAAGGAACUCAUUGCUUGUAUCAUCUGUUGAAUCUGAGAUGAUGGUCUACUUUAAUUUCGAUAUGCUCUGUUCAGCCUUCCCUGCGUUCCUGCGUCAUCCGAAUCAAAAGAAGCUAAUCGAAAUGGUUGUGAGUGCAAGAAAAUAUUUGAUGUCUUAGGCUUAAUAUAGAGUCUGAAAGUUUAUAAAUCAACUGAAAAAGAUGAAAUGAUGUGAUUUCAGUAACCAAUGCUGUGUUCACUUGCUAAGCUCAAUUCCUAUAGUACAGUUCCUUAAUGAAAUAUGCGUUAAACAAGCAUUUACCAUACGUGAAGACUGAUCAUUUGGGACUGAAAUAAAAUUGAAAUGACUGUCUAAGUCAAUUGAUAUUAUGUAAAUAAGAAAUGUGAAA